AUGAUUUUCUUGAAACCAACCGAUUGUUUUAAUAAAAACCUAAAAUUUUGGAAACUACUCGGAAUAUAUCCAUUCAAAGUUAAUUGGAAAUUUUACGAAAUUUAUUCGAUAAUUUUUGUGUUUCUGUUUAUAUUUUUGUACGACGGAUUGAUCACAAUUACUUUUUUUUAUUUACCAAGAGAUCUAGAUCACUUCGUAGACGAAAUGAUAUUUUACUUCACAGUACUAGCUGUGAUGUCAAAAGUAGUAACGUAUAUGUUGGCAAAAGAAAAGAUGUGCAAAAUUUUCGAAAUACUCGACAGUGAAACGUUCCAACCUGAAAGCAAAAAAGGACUGCAAAUUAUUACAAAAGCUAAGAAGUUUAAUGUUAAAUACUGGAAGAUUGUCGCCUCAGUCUCUUAUUAUUCUAAUUUGGUUCACAUUUUAACACCAUUUAUCGCUCAUAUCUUCAGCUCAGUUCCACUGUUGCUAAAUCUAUCUAAUUAUUCUUUCCUUAGUGACGAUUUCAUUGAAAAGUACAUUUAUCCCAUAUAUUUUUAUCAAGGUAUAGGGAUGCACAUAAAUAUGCUUUAUAAUCUAAACAUUGACACGUUUUUCUUAGGCCUUAUGGUUUUUGCUAUUGCUCAGUUGGAAUUGCUUGAAGAUAAACUAAUAACUAUUACCGAUGAAAGUAAUGCAAAAACACAUGAACACAAAUUAAACUCUACAAAGAGUGCAACAGAUGAUACGAUUUUAAUUACGAAGUUAAAUAAAGCUAUAAUACAUUACUAUUGUGUGGACAAAUUUUGCAGUUUGAUCGAACAAGUAUUCAGUGUGACAUUAUUUGUACAAUUCAGCAUGGCAUCAUGCAUAAUUUGCGUGUGUCUGUUUCGUUUCACUUUACCGGCUACCGCUGAGUACUACAUGUUCUUGGCAAGUUACAUUUCAAUAAUGAUAGUACAAAUUAUGGUGCCUUGUUGGUUUGGAACCCGCAUAAUGGAUAAGAGUAGCCUUUUAUCUCAAGCUAUCUACACUUGCGACUGGACAGCACGAUCUCGACGUUUCAAGAGCAGUCUGAAACUUUUCGUGGAGAGGGCUAAUCGUCCAUUAUCUAUUACUGGAUGGAAAAUGUUUCCUCUGUCGCUGAACACUUUUACAUCUAUUAUGAAUUCAGCGUACUCAUUCUUCACGCUUCUACGGCACAUGCAGUCACGGGAAAUAUAA